UUUCUUAAAACUCGUGUUGAAAAGAAACGUUUUAUUGCAAACGAAGGUGAGAAUAUUUUAUUCUCCUUAAAUCACCUAAAACAAUUUUGUUAAAUCUUAUGCUAAAAAAAGCCCACAACUAAAUAGGGAGUGAGGAAGUACUUCUUUAAAAAAAAUAAUAAAAAUGAGUAAUUCGAUUCUAUAAUUCAGGUGUCGAGAUGGAAGCAAACAUAAUGAUAAUGAUGAUAAACUGAUAAGAGCAUAGUAUGUGCAGAAAUGCAACGCCAGAAAAACGUGAAGGAUUCUCCAGUCAAAGGUCAAACAUACUGAAAAUGUCGAUUCAUCACCAUUGCAACUAAUUCCAGAAGAAAAACAAAUGCCCUUUGAAUUCAUCGCCCCUUCCCGCCAUUUCCCAAAGUUUGCUAUUUAUAUCCACACCCCCAUCCCUUUCCCAAAUAAAAUUUUCCCCCAAACCCCUUUCUUGAUCCCUUCAAUGACCAAGCUGGAGUCUCUGCGCCGAUUCCUCGUCCCCUGCAUCGGCAACUCCCGCACCUCCCCGAGCCCUCCCCCCGCCGCCAAGAAACGCCUCAGCACCUCCCUCCGCGACGACCUCGACGAGAAGCACCACCACCUGAUCCAGCCGCAGCCACAAGAAGCAGAGCCCCCGUCAUGCUGUUCCUCCCCGGCGACCCCGGCGGCCAAUCUGGCCCCGCCACGGCCGUCCCGAACAAUGGUGAUCGGCACCAUAUUCGGGCACGGGCGCGGCGGGCACGUGUGGUUCUGCGUGCAGCAGGACCGCCUCGCCACGAAGCCCGCCCUCCUCCUGGAGCUCUCCAUCCCGACCUCGGGCCUCAUCCAGGAGAUGCAGUGCGGCCUCGUGCGGAUCGCGCUCGAGUUCAACGCGGCCGAGUCGGACGACCCCGAGCUGGCGCGGUGCCCGCUGCGGUCCGUGCCGCUGUGGACGCUCUUCUGCAACGGGAGGAAGCUCGGGUUCGCGGUCAGGCGGAAGGCCACGCAGCAGACCAAGAUGAUGCUCAAGACCAUGCAGAACGUCACCGUCGGGGCGGGCGUCAUCCCCUGCAAAUUCCACGACGAGAAGGAGGUCAUGUACAUGCGGGCUAACUACGAGUGCGUUUUGGGGAGCGCCGAUUCAGAGUCUUUCCACUUGAUCAACCCGGAUCAGCUCCCGGGUCAAGAACUCAGCGUUUUCUUGCUACGAACAAGAUAAAAUCUAAUUUUCGAGAAAAUCCAGGUUUUCUUGAGUUAAACUAUUUUUUUUUUUCUUUUUAGUUUUUGAGAGAGGGAAAGGCUAGCUAGUUGUAGGUUAAAUUGUUCUUUGUUGAUUUCAGUAGGAAUCUUUUGUAAUUGGAGAAGCACAAUAAUUUCAGUUACUACUUCCUAUCCGUGAAUCAUACUUUUUC